CUUUGGCGGUUCAUUGUAUACCGUAUAUAUCAUUGUUGAACGUGAUUGUAAAAUGAAGUAAAUAAACGGACUUUCUGUUGUAUCGUUGAAAGAGGUAAGUUUUCGAAAAAGUGGCUGUCAAAAGUCUCAUAAACAGGAAUUGUAAUGGCUACGAAGUUAAAUAAAUACACGGAUCGUCAAAUAGCAGCAGUUCUCGAUACGGAAUCAGAUUCGGAUACACAGAACAGUACCUUAACUAAGGAUGUCAGGAAUGAAUUGCAAAGAAAAAGAAGUUCGAAAUUGCAUAGUAGAAAGCGUAAUGAUUCGGACGUAUCUACGGAUGACGGAAACGCACGUGGAACUUUUGAAUAUGCAUGCCGUAAGGAUUGUAAGGAACGCAUUUUGCAGGAAGAAAAAACUUCAUUUAAGAUUAAGUUAAGACGGUCCACGGAACAGAGUUUGUACAAAAUUGAUACUGACUCUGAAUGUGAAAAAUCUGGACGUAGGAAGCGUGUUGGUCGUUCUUUACAGCAAAAGAGAAUGAGCUAUUCAGAUGUAGAAAGUGAAGGUUCUUGUACAGACAAUAAAAGUUCAGCAGAUUCCACAAAUACUAUGAGAUGUAAAAAAGAAUUACGACAGUUGGAGAUCAAUGACAAUGUGUUGAGUACACCUAGAGCUAGAAAACCACCUUCAAGACUUUCUUUGUACCAUUGUGGCUCUUUAAGUUCCUUAAAUCAUAUGGAUAAUACUCAAAUAAAUUCUCCUUCUCUGAGGAGGAAUAGAAAGAAAAUUAAUUAUAAUGAAGAUAAAUUAAUCCUUAAUGUUAUAAAAGCUAAUAUAGAACUGGACAAUAAAAAAUCAAAGCAAAAGGAGAAUAAAGAUUCUAAUGUUUUCACUGUUAAAAAUAAAACAGAAUCUGAAAAGUUACGAUCAAAUGCUAGGAAUAAUAAACGAAAUCGUAUGCCUUCUGUAAAUGAUAGUGAGAAUGAUGGUAGCAUAGACUCUAAAAUAAUUAAAACAAAAUCAAUGAGAAAGUCCAAUGAAUCUGAGUGUAGUACAAACAAUGAUUUGAAUAAUUCUGUGGAAAGGAAAAAGGUUACAAAUGUGGAGCAGAAAAUAGUAACUACACCUGUUACAGGGAGUAAGCAGAAAAGAAUGAUUUCUGGAAAUACACCAAAAAAUGGUUAUGUUGUGAAUAAAGAUCAGGAUGAUAGCAGCGAAGAAGCUCUCAUUGAUAUGUACAAACAUGUAAAAAUCUCAUCGGCAGUUAAAAACACCACUCCUGGUAGAGAGGAUAAACAGAGGAGGGUAAAUUUUGAGAGUACGCCAAAAAAUGUAGAAUUUAUAAGCAAUAAUGAAAGCAACAGUGAGGAAGAAUGUCCGACCGAUACGUACAAACGUAUUAAAACUUCGUCCGUGAAAAAGAACAUCUCAGUGUCACAAAGGAAAAAUAACGCGAGAAGGAACAUUGAAAUACAACUGGAAGGAACCAUUUUAAAUACCCCUAAAUCGCGUUCAUUGAAACUUAAAAACUUGACACCAUCAAUGGGGAAAAGAAAUAGCACUUUAAUGAAACCAUCUACACCUUUACAAGAGGCUCGAUCCAGACUUCACGUUAGUGCUGUGCCAAAAUCUUUGCCUUGCAGAGAGGAAGAAUUCAAUAACAUUUUCACAUUUCUUAAAGGAAAAUUGGAAGACAAAAGUGGAGGAUGUAUAUACAUAAGUGGAGUACCAGGAACAGGUAAAACUGCAACUGUAAAUGAAGCUGUAAGAUGCCUACGAAAACUAACAAGUAAAGGACAGUUAGAUGACUUUGAUUAUGUUGCAAUUAAUGGAAUGAAAUUGACAGAACCAAGACAGUCUUAUGUACAAAUUCUGAAGCAAUUGGGUGGUAAAACUGUUACAUGGGAGCAAGCGUAUCGUGUACUUGAAAAGAGAUUUCAUAAUGUCAAUUCCAAAAUGACAUUGCUUCUUGUAGACGAGCUCGACUUUCUAUGUACGAAACGUCAGGAUGUUGUAUACAAUUUAUUGGAUUGGCCAACAAAGGCAACAGCGCAGCUAAUUGUUGUGACUAUAGCUAACACCAUGGACUUACCCGAGAGAGUUUUGAUGGGUCGUGUUACAUCACGUUUGGGCCUUACUCGAUUAACUUUUCAACCAUACAAUUACAAACAGUUGCAAGAAAUAGUAAUGUCCAGACUCAAGGAGUUCGACGGUUUCAGAAGCGAAGCUGUACAACUUGUUGCACGAAAAGUUUCUGCCGUGUCUGGAGAUGCUAGACGAGCCUUAGAUAUAUGCCGUCGCGCAAUGGAAAUCGCGGAAUCACGAAACGCCGAAACGAUAUCUCUUCAAGAUGUUACGGAAGCUGUGUCUGAAAUGAUCGCAUCCGCAAAGGUUCAAGCUAUAAAGCAUUGUUCGAAAAUGGAGCAAAUAUUUUUACAAUCGAUAUCUGCGGAGGUGACACGAACCUCCAUCGAGGAGGUAUACUUUAAAGAUGCGUACAAGCAACUUGAAUCGCUCUGCUCUUUCGACGGCAUAGAAAUACCUACUGUAUCGGAGACACUUGCUAUCUGCGGACGAUUGGGAGCUAGUAGACUAUUAAUAUGUGAACAUUCAAGAAACGACAUCUACCAGAAAAUUUUAUUGAACGUCUCCAUAGACGACAUUCACUAUGCGAUCCAGGAGCUAGAUUUUAAUUCGAAAUAA